UUCAUAUUUCACCCACAACUACUUUCAGGGAAAGCUAACAAAUUUGUUGCAAAGAUGUACUAGGCCAAGCCUAUGCUUUUACAGCAAAUUCACUAGUACAUUAUUUAUCAAUGUGCAACCAUGUGGUUGAUGUCAUGGCUGGCCAAACAAUACCUAAUACAACCAGCAACCAACAUGCAUGAUGUUGCAUGCCCUACAAGAUAUCAACCAUAUGGACUAUCUCAACCAAUUCUCUCUUGCAACUACCAAAUUAUCAACCCCCUCACUCUCAUUCUCUCUAAGAUUAAACUUGGUGGUGGUGGUGGUGGUGGCGGUGGGAAGAUGAAGAAGACAAUAGUACUAUAUCCAUCACCACUAAUCGGUCAUUUGAUAUCCAUGGUUGAGUUAGGAAAGCUAAUACUCAACCAGUAUCCUUCAUUCAACAUUACAGUUCUCAUCACAGCCAUGAAUUCAAAAACUACUUCUCAAACUACACCAUACAUAAACCAGAUCUCUAAGACAACCCCAUCAAUUAAUUUCCAUCAUCUCCCAACUCAACCACUCGAAAAAUCGCAAACAUUUUUCGAAUAUCUUCGUCAAAACAAUCCACUCGUUCAUGAAUCUUUGGAUUUUAUUGUCUCUCAGAAUUACAAAAUUUGCAGCUUCAUUUUUGACAUGUUUUGUUCAGCUUCACUUCAAGUGACUACCCAACUCCAAAUUCCUUCAUACUUUUUUUACACAUCUGGUGUUAAUGCUUUUACUGUUUUAUUGCAUCUGCCAAUGUUAAACAAAACCUGGAAGAGUGUAGAGCAUGAUGAUGAGAGUAGUCUACUAUUACCCAACACCUAUUUGAAUAUCCCUGGUUUACCACCGAUUUUAUCAACCGAUUUACCAUCAUCCUCAUUGAAUCCUAAGGAUGCAUCUCAUGAGCCGUUCAUGUUUAUAUCGAAAACAGCGGUUCAAGCUAAGGGGAUUAUCGUGAACUCGUUUGAAUCGUUGGAACCCAGAGCAGUCAAAGCAAUCAAAGGUGGGUUAUGUUUUCCCGACUCAGUGAUCACACCACCGCUCUACCCGAUUGGACCGUUGAUUGCUGAACCAACAGCUAGUAAUAAAACUUGCGAUUGUUUAACAUGGCUGGAUAAACAGACACGCGAAAGCGUCGUGUUUUUAUGUUUCGGAAGCGGUGGCGUUUUCUCGGAAGAUCAGUUGAACGAGAUAGCGGUCGGGUUAGAGAAAAGUAGAAAGAGGUUUUUGUGGGUGGUGCGAAUUGCACAUCCAAAAGAGAAAAACGGACACAAUAUAACACCAACAGAGCCUAGUCUUGAUGAACUUUUUCCGAAAGGAUUUCUAGAGCGGACAAGAGAAAGAGGUUUAGUGGUCAAGAAUUGGGCACCUCAAGUGGACGUGUUGAAUCAUGAAUCGGUUGGUGGGUUUGUGACUCACUGUGGUUGGAAUUCCAUUCUGGAAGCAGUUUGUGCGGGGGUACCCAUGAUUGGGUGGCCUUUAUAUGCUGAACAAAGGGUGAACCGGGUCGCUUUGGUUAAAGAAAUGACGCUAAGUUUAUGGUUAAACGAGUCGGAAAAUGGGUUUGUCACUGCAGCCGAAAUCGAGGAAUGCGUCAACACAUUGAUGGACUCUGAAGAAGGGAGAGCGCUGAAAGAACGAGUUAUAGUAGCCAAGGAUGAAGCAAAAUUGGCAUUGAGCGGAGGGGGAUCAACUCUCAAUGCGCUUGCAAAGCUAGUCGAGUCUUGGGGUCAGGGCCAGUCUUGAAAACAAACAAAGGGAAAAUAAAUAAAUUAAAGCGGGCAAUACUAUAUAUAUACUUAUUAAUAGAGGCCCAUGCGAACAUACUUCCUGCUCUCGGGUCAUUCCUCUAGAUGCAUGACUAUUGAUAAUAGGCACUCUGAUGUGCAUAAACAGAUUCAUAUGUACAUGUUCGAAUCUUUCAAAAAUAACUUAUGGCUCCAAUACUCCCGUUGAUACUUUUCUUUUCCAAGACGCUACAGGGGUUACAAAGUUACCAAUAUUUAUUGAGCCAUCAUCAAUAAAAUGAACCCAUUGUGGAGGAUUGUUUUUUCACGUAUGGAUUUGGUAAACCAGCAGCAAUCUCUUGACUUUUAUUUGAAAAAUGACAUCGAAGUUCUCAUGUUAAGCUAUAUUAGCAGGAAUUUUAUGGCAAUUGAAGGAUAACAAAAGUAAUUUUUUUGAAUUUUUUUUGUCUUUUCGAGGUCAUUUAUUCUGCAUUUAUGUAAUAAGGUGCACAUUUUUCGAAAAUGUUUGGUGUACCCAAA